CGCCGCAGUCGGAGCCUGAGCCGCGCGGGCGCAGGGGACGGCGCGGGGCUGCUGGUGGCCACAGCUGCGUCGGGGACGGACUACCGGUGCUUGGGGUCGCGGGCAGCUGCGCGUGGGCCGAGUGGUGGGCGCGGCGUAAGAACAAAUCUUCGUGAUAUUCCACACCUGUGUGCUGAAGACUUUGACCAAAGCUGCUGUAGGGAAUUGGCAUCCCGGGAAAAGGACGGCUUCCAAAAUCAGGGAAACUUUCAGGAGAUUCCAGGCCCAGUGGAUCUUCUGAAGAGCAAUGCCAAGACUUUUGGUUUAAAGAAGUCAAAGGAAGAACAAUCUCUUCAAAUAAGAAGAUCUUCUUCAAAGUUUCCUGCAUGAGACUUAUUUAAACGUUGCACACACAUCUUUUGUGAAAGAAGAAAAGGAAAUUCAGCUUGUGGGGCUCAGCAGGAGUUCAGCUAAUGCAGCUUAAAAUAAUGAUGCCGAAAAAGAAGCACUUAUCUGCAAGCAGAGCACCCCUGAUACUCUUCCUGUGCCAGAUGAUUAGUGCACUGGAAGUCCCUCUUGAUCUGGUACAACCUCCAACCAUUACUCAACAGUCUCCAAAAGAUUACAUUAUUGACCCACGGGAGAAUAUUGUAAUCCAGUGUGAGGCCAAAGGGAAACCUCCUCCAAGUUUCUCCUGGACCCGAAAUGGGACUCAUUUUGACAUAGAUAAAGACCCUCUUGUCACCAUGAAGUCUGGCUCGGGAACCCUCACAGUCAACAUCAUGAGCGAGGGGAAAGCAGAGACCUAUGAAGGAGUUUAUCAGUGUACAGCCAGGAACGAACGCGGGGCUGCAAUUUCUAAUAACAUUGUCAUCCGUCCAUCCAGGUCACCGUUGUGGACCAAAGAAAAACUUGAACGAAUAACACUUAGAAAUGGCCAGUCUUUGGUACUGCCCUGCAGACCCCCAGUUGGGUUACCACCACCUAUAAUAUUCUGGAUGGAUAAUUCCUUUCAAAGACUUCCACAGAGUGAGAGAGUUUCCCAGGGUCUGAAUGGAGACCUUUAUUUUUCCAAUGUGCUCCCAGAGGAUACCCGGGAAGACUACAUCUGUUACGCACGAUUUAAUCACACUCAAACCAUACAGCAGAAGCAACCUAUUUCUGUGAAGGUGAUUUCAGUGGAUGAAUUGAAUGACACUAUAGCUGCUAAUUUGAGUGACACUGAGUUUUAUGGUGCUAAAUCACAUAGAGAGAGGCCACCAACAUUUUUAACUCCAGAAGGCAAUGCAAGCCGCAAAGAGGAAUUACGAGGAAAUGUCCUUUCACUUGAGUGCAUUGCAGAAGGGCUGCCUACCCCAAUUAUUUACUGGAUAAAAGAAGAUGGAACACUCCCCAUCAACCGGACAUUUUAUAGGAACUUUAAGAAAACUCUGCAGAUUGUUCAGGUUACAGAAGCAGACUCUGGGAAUUACCAGUGUAUAGCCAAAAAUGCACUAGGAGCCAUCCAUCAUAUCAUUUCUGUCACAGUUAAAGCGGCUCCGUACUGGAUCAUAGCACCUCAAAAUCUUGUGCUGUCCCCAGGAGAGGAUGGAACCCUGAUCUGCAGAGCUAAUGGCAACCCCAAACCCAGAAUUAGCUGGUUAUUGAAUGGAGUCCCCAUAGAAAUUGCCCCUGAUGACCCCAGCAGGAAAAUAGAUGGCGAUACCAUUAUUUUUUCAAACGUUCAAGAAAGAUCAAGUGCGGUGUAUCAGUGUAAUGCCUCUAACGAAUAUGGAUAUUUACUGGCAAACGCAUUUGUAAAUGUCCUGGCUGAGCCACCACGAAUCCUUACGUCUGCAGACACACUCUAUCAAGUCAUUGCAAACAGGCCAGCUUUACUAGACUGUGCCUUCUUUGGGUCUCCUCUGCCUACCAUCGAGUGGUUUAAAGGCGCUAAAGGGAGUGCCCUUCGUGAAGAUAUCUAUGUUUUACAUGAAAAUGGAACUUUGGAAAUUCCUGUGGCCCAGAAGGACAGUACGGGAACUUAUACAUGUGUUGCAAGGAAUAAGUUAGGAAUGGCGAAGAAUGACAUUCACUUAGAGAUCAAAGAUCCAACGAGGAUCAUUAAACAGCCUGAAUAUGCAGUUGUGCAAAGAGGGAGCACGGUGUCCUUUGAAUGCAUAGUGAAGCACGAUCACACUUUAAUCCCCACCGUCAUGUGGCUAAAGGACCACAGGGAGCUGCCCAGUGACGGAAGGUUCACUGUUGACAAGGACCAUUUGGUGGUCGCUGAUGUCAAUGAUGAUGAUGGUGGGACCUACACAUGUGUGGCCAACACAACUCUGGACAACGUUUCGGCCAGUGCUGUGCUCCGCGUUGUCGAUGUCCCAAAUCCUCCCUUUGACUUAGAAUUGACGGAUCAACUAGACAGGAGUGUUCAGCUGUCAUGGACCCCAGGCGAUGACAACAAUAGCCCUAUUUCAAAAUUCAUCAUUGAAUAUGAAGAUGCAAUGCAUGAGCCGGGGCUGUGGCAUCACCAAACUGAAGUCCCUGGAGCUCAGACCACAGCCCAGCUGAAGUUGUCGCCCUAUGUCAACUAUUCCUUCCGAGUGAUGGCAGUAAACAGCCUGGGAAGGAGCUUGCCCAGCGAGGCAUCUGAGCAGUAUUUGACUAAAGCUGCAGAACCAGAUAAAAAUCCCACGGCUGUGGAAGGGCUGGGAUCAGAGCCGGAUAAUUUGGUGAUUACGUGGAAGCCCUUGAAUGGUUUCGAAUCUAAUGGGCCAGGCCUUCAGUACAAAGUUAGCUGGCGCCAGAAGGAUGGUGAUGAUGAAUGGACGUCUAUGGUUGUGGCAGAUGUAUCCAAAUACAUUGUCUCGGGCACCCCGACCUUUGUCCCAUACCUGAUCAAAGUUCAGGCCCUGAACGACGCGGGCUUUGCUCCAGAGCCAGCUGUGGUCCUGGGACAUUCUGGAGAAGACCUCCCAAUGGUGGCUCCCGGGAAUGUGCACGUAAACGUGGUAAACAGCACCUUAGCCGAGGUGCACUGGGACCCGGUACCUCUGAAAAGUAUCCGAGGACACCUGCAGGGCUAUCGGAUUUACUACUGGAAGGCACAGAGUUCAUCAACCAGAAACAGACGCCAUAUUGAGAAAAAGAUCCUCACUUUCCAGGGCAGCAAGACUCAUGGCAUGUUGCCUGGGCUGGAGCCCUUUAGCCACUACACACUGAAUGUCCGCGUGGUCAAUGGGAAAGGGGAGGGCCCAGCCAGCCCCGACAGGGUCUUCAAUACCCCGGAAGGAGUCCCCAGCGCUCCAUCCUCUUUGAAGAUUGUUAAUCCAACGCUAGAUUCUCUCACUUUGGAAUGGGAGCCACCAAGCCACCCGAAUGGCGUUUUGACAGAGUACACCUUAAAAUAUCAGCCAAUUAACAGCACCCAUGAAUUAGGCCCUCUGGUGGAUUUGAAAAUUCCUGCCAACAAGACCCGCUGGACUUUAAAAAAUUUAAAUUUCAGCACUCGGUAUAAAUUUUAUUUCUAUGCACAAACAGCAGCAGGAUCAGGAAAUCAAAUAACAGAGGAAGCAAUAACAACUGUGGAUGAAGCGAUGGCAAGCCGGCAGGUGGAUAUAGCGACACAGGGCUGGUUCAUUGGUCUAAUGUGUGCUGUCGCUCUCCUGAUCUUAAUUUUGCUGAUUGUUUGCUUCAUCAGAAGAAACAAAGGUGGUAAAUAUCCAGUUAAAGAAAAGGAAGAUGCCCAUGCGGAUCCUGAAAUCCAACCUAUGAAGGAAGAUGAUGGCACUUUUGGAGAAUACAGUGAUGCAGAAGACCACAAGCCUUUAAAAAAAGGCAGUCGAACACCUUCAGACAGGACUGUGAAAAAGGAAGAUAGCGAUGACAGCCUAGUUGACUAUGGAGAGGGGGUGAAUGGCCAGUUCAAUGAGGACGGCUCCUUUAUUGGACAGUACAGUGGUAAGAAAGAGAAAGAACCAGCCGAAGGAAACGAAAGCUCAGAGGCACCGUCUCCCGUCAACGCCAUGAAUUCCUUUGUUUAAUCUGUGAGCUCUUUGCCAAUAUCCCACUUUUCUCAAAUGUUUAUCUUAAGUAUUUGUCGGUCCGCCUUCUCAUACUUUGAACAUUGAGGCAGAAAGUCGGUGUUCUGCUGUGUGUUCAUAUGAUGAGAACCAUCAAAGCAAGAACCUAACUCAGUCAAAUGAUAUCUUAAUGGGAACUGCAGUGCAAAGUGCAUACUUUUUCAUUCAACAUAGGUUAUCUUGAUUUCCUGAGAACUGAUAAAAAAUAACACAGUGUCAUCAACAGAUCAUGUUCUUCCCUCUUCGGGAUACAGUUCACUAGGAUGCAUGAAAAAUGCUACACCUUUAAAGAAUAUACCUGUGUAUGUUAUUCAAACAUGGGUUGGUACUUUGUUUAUACUCUCCUCUGCUGAACCCCUAAAUAUGAAUUCCGUUUUCAUUGUCAAGAGUGUUACUGUAGUAUUCUCUAGAACUUCAGUGUCUUUGUGGACAUUGUCGUGAAAUUGGUGACUCUAUGUCUAGCUGUCAUUAGUCUUUUGGGGAGACUGUUAGGCACAGUGUGUACAGUCUCUACUUGCUAAAUGCGUUAAUUAUGACAGGUGCAUUUGCUCAUGCUUAUGAGACGCUCUUACCUGCUCUUUGAUCCUGUUACUCCACAGACUUCUUAAUCGUCCAGGUAUUACAGCGGCACAGUGUUCUACCUUUUACAUCUUCUCUCCUUUCAGUGCUUUUUAGGCAUAAACAAUGCGUAUUGCAAUGCAUCUUGGCAUUUGUGGCAGACCGAGAGAAUACCAAACAGAUCACUCCAAUUCAGUGUCAAAAAUUAUUCCAGAAAGCACAGGGCAAGACACAUGCAGUGCCUUCAGACGAUAAGCAUUCCACAACGUACCGCCUUCUGUAUCAUUCGGUACAGUCAACUCGGAGUCCUAGAUUACUAUCAUUGUCUAAAAGUAACUUUGAAAAAGCAUAGUUCAUGAAAACUGCAACACUGAAAAAAAAAAAAAGAAACUGUGAAAAUAAAAUUAGGAAGAUAGUUUAUUUUAAGGGGCAUGAUUUCCCCCAUAGGUAUAAAAAGAAAAGCUUUAUCACCAACUGGAGCAAGUGAUGAUUUUGUGGUCUUUUAUGGGUCCUAUUAAUACAAGUCACAUUCAGUAAGAAAGACGUCAACUUGGUAGGUAGAAAAUUUUUACAAAAACAAGUUAUUCCAAAACUAACAGGAUACAACAGCACACCAACAGGAAUAUGUUUUCCUCUAAGUCUCUAUGUAUGUGGCAGCUUUUGAAACUCUGCAGCAUUAAACAAUGUGUAUCAAAUUGCAUGGAUGCCUUGCAGAAUCUAAGAAGUCUGACAAGUGCUAACAAGGCCAACAGUCAAAGGGAUUACAUCUCCAGUUUCAAAAAGAAGCAUAUAUAUUCUAUCAUAUUCAUAAAUAAUAUCUAUCAAAUGGUUUCCUUCCAAAUAUGAAAAUCUAUAACAACCUAUGGUUGAAGGAAUGCUCAGUUUCAUUUGCCAAUAAAUUGGUUUCUCAUAACUUGCAUCAAGUUUAAUUUUAAGUAAAGCUUUUUAUAUGUAGAUAUUUUGUUGAAUCUGUAAAUACACUUAAAGUGUAGAUGCUAUAUGCUUAUAGGUGUUACGUACAAAUAAACAGGCCAACGAUGUUUAUGUUGUACUGUAUAAGAUGUUAGCUAAUUAAUACAGUGCAUGGGAUUGGAAAGCAUUUAAUUAAAUGCCUUUUGGGUUUUUAUUUUCCCUUUUUGCUGUGAAACUGAAAGAGUGAACUAUUUUCCACAUUGACAGCAGGUUUCUAGAAGAAAUCUUCAGAGCUUUGCCUAAGCACAGUUUGAAGUAAUCCCAGGUAAAGAUGGCCCUACCUAGUUUCAUAUCUCCAAUAUGCACUUUUCACAGAUCAACCUUUCUAGUGGAAAUCCAGAAAGACAAAACAGGCUGCCUUGGCAUCCGAGAGCACAAAGAUAAGUUACUUAAAAUUUGCCAGUGUGUGCGGGGACAAGAAAAGUACAGUGUUUCCUCUUCCAUAAUGGUAGAUGCUAAAUUUGUGCAUGAAGGGGUCAUUUCUGUACUUGUGCAACAGAGUUUGUAUUAAAAAUUAAAUGUGGUUUUAAAAGUCCCUCUCUCUUUUGUAAUAUAUCAUGUUCCUAGUGGACUGUGAAUGUCCAAGUAAUGGUAUAUGUAACGGUAUAGGCAGAUGUGACUGGAUUUCCGUCAAAAGAGUGACUAUUAGGGCUUCCCUGGUGGUGCAGUGGUUGGGAGUCCGCCUGCCGAUGCAGGGGACGCGGGUUCGUGCCCCGGUCCGGGAGGAUCCCACAU